GAGCUUCACUGCAACCAGGCAGACCUGACUGAUACAUGUGACUGUGACAAUCAGCUGCACAGUCACAUCUAUACGCUCCAACAGUUUGAUUGUUUAACGUCAUGAUGGCGAAGCGAGCAGCGCGUCAGAGGAACCAGCUGCCCAACUGUUACUAUGAGGGAUACCUGGAGAAGAGGUCCUUCAAGGAUAAGACAUCUCGGAAACUGUGGACGUGUUUGUGUGGAAACUCGCUGUUCUUCUUUAACGACAAGAGAGACGCUGAUUACAUAGAAAAAGUGGAUCUCACCGGACUGGUCUCAAUAACAGAUGACAGCAGCCAGGACCGUAACUUAGACGCAGCCAGACUCAACCUACAGAUGAAGGACAUUAAUAUCAAAUUCACUGCUCCUAAUGCAGAAGCUCGAGAGCUGUGGAAGGGUUACAUCCACGCUGUGGCUGAGCUGUCGGUACCCUCCUCCCUCAACCUGCUCCCAGGUCAGAUCCACAUGUUAAAGGAGGCAGUAGAAAAGGAAAAGGAGAGAAUGAAAAGUCUCCCUCCACCUCCUCCACCUGCUGCUGUCACCAACUCCAAUGCCUACAUCAGCCUCAAAGCAGACAUGCCAGCUUGUUACCACAGUGUGUCCCGUCUGGAGGCAGAGCUGCUGCUUGAGCGAGAGGCCAAGAGAGGAAACCUGCUGCUGAGGCCUGGAAGUAAUGGAAACUCCUUCGCUGUCACCACCAGACAGGACCUUGAAGGCUCUGUAUUCAAACACUACCGCGUGGCGCGUAAACCUGACGGGAGCUUCGCCAUUGAUGUUGACAAUCCUGUCCCCUGUGCCACGCUACACGAUGUCAUCAACUAUUUAGUGGACAAAACUGACAGAGUCCUGAUUCCUCUCAUCCUCGAAGAAGCUUAUGAGAAACGCAUCUCUUUUAUUCGGUCUGAUGAUGAAAACGGAGAAAAGAGCGUCCAACAGGCUCUGUCAAACCCUCCGAGUGUCCCCCCCAAGCCAGUUGCUGUGAGAGUGCCGACCCCUGAACCAGCUCCAGCUCCAGCUCCAGCUGAGGAAGAGAAUAUCUACCUGAAUGACAACAUGGACGAGGAAGAAAAAGAGACAGAGGAUUCCAUAGCUGUUCUACUGCCACCAAAGGAGAAAAAAGCUCCAAAGAAAGCGAUCAUGCCUCCGACUCCUGCUCCUCGCAAACUGACCUCUUCUCUGACACCGACCUCCUCUACCUCCUCCACCUCCUCCACCUGCCCCUCCUCGCCCUCCACGACCAAACGGGAUCUGAGGAAGAGAACCCUCACAGACCCUCUGGCACAAAUUCCUCUCGCAGCAAUAACUGAGCUGAAACUGAAGCUUGAACAAAAGGCGAAGAGUCAAGAGUGACCUCUCCUGGUGGAAAGCCCUCAAAGCAUCUGUGACAAACUGGCCCAGCACCAGUGACUCAAACCAGCAGGGACACUCCCCAGUCUGUCCCAGCAGGAGCAGGAGCAGAGACACCAGCUGGUUGCACACAAACAGCCUCUCUCGUGGCUCCGCUCCUCCUCGUCAGCUGGCUGUCAGCAGCAAAGCCUCUCCGAAGAUUAACACUUUAUUGAUUCAGCCCUCUCAGACGCUCGUUAGCUAAUUAAUCAGCUGUAACGAGGGGUGUACCUGUCACAUUAUCUCGUGUUCUCUUGUAUCUUUUGCACAUUUACAACUGACGAUGGUGCAUUUUCUUAAUCGGAUUUUCUAUCAGUGUUUUGUGUUCGUCCACCAUUUUACUGUAAUCAGCUGCUGAAUAGUUGUAUAUAUUUCUACAAUUUAUAUUUUUCUAAUUUAUAUGUAAAACAUGUAUUACUGCCUCUAUAUACAGUCAAGUGUAAAUGAGGGGAAAUUAGAGACAGCGUGGGGUUACUGUACCGAUGAUAUGUGAAUGUGUUGUUGUGUAUAGUUUGUGUAAAACUCUUGCUUUCGUCACAUCAAAUCAGAAACAUGUGAACAAGCAACUUGUCGUAGUUGCCAUGCAGCAAAUUAAUCAGUUUUAUGAUGUUCUGUAACUGAUAUAUUAUCUGUGUUAAACCUUUUUUAAAGCUCCAGUGUGUAGGAUUUAAGAGAAUAUAUAAGUAGAAAUGGAA